AUGAAUUGCUUACAAGUUAUGCUACUUUUAGUGUUUUUCAACGGACUUGAAUGCAUCGAAAAUCUUCACCCAGUGUCAAAUCGGUCUCAAGUGUCUGAACCUUUUCUUCCCGGAUUGAAUUUAACUGAUGUUGCAAAUAACAGUGUAUCUUCAAAAAAAGUUUUUAAAUCAUCGGUAGCUGAAAAGGACAGUGAUUUUCGACCCAGUGAGCAUUUGGGUGCAAUAGAACCUGAAGAAGUGCCAACGAGUACAAUUGGAAACAGAAUAAAAUUUCCAUUAGCAACUGCCAGCUCUUUAUCAUCAAACUCUGGGAUUUCUCGUAGAAAAAUAGUUCCCUACGAGAGUCCGGUGAAAGCUGAAACCGUGGUGUCUCUCCAACCGCCGGCAAAGCAGCGGAUCAAAUUUAUUUACGAUUACCAGAGAAAGCAGAAUGACCAACAGCCGCAACCGGACAGCGCUGGUGUUCCUAUAGCUUCUGAAGCUUCUGAAGAUGAUGAUAACUCGUACCAUGAAAUUCAAGGUGAAGGCUACGUGGUUGUACAUCCUCCAGCGCCGAUGGAAGAUGUCAAUUUGAGUCAGCCCAAUCAGGAAAUUUCUUCCGAAGAUAAACCUGACAAAAAUCAGCAGGAGAAUCAAGAACCUCAGUAUGUUGUAAAUCACAGUCCUGAUCAAGAAGUUAACAAUCACCAGUUAGAGCAAGAGACGACCAGGAGUCCAGAAAUUUCUUACCAUCAAUCUUAUGGAGACAGUGAUGAAAGACACCCGAAUUGGAAUAAUAAUCAUCACAGUCACUAUCACUACAGUCUGCCAGAGGUGAAUUAUCCGAAACAAACUCAACACGCUGUAGCGGAUCCACCGUAUCACUAUCAGUAUCAGUACGUUGUUCCUGAAAGUACUGGGUUAGAAAAGCCGGAAAUGAAUCCUUACUAUCAUCAGUACUAUCUGCAAAAUCCUGGACAUAUGCAUCAGGAAGUCGUAAUUGAUAAGCCGGAGGCUGUUGUUUACUUGAGUUCACACCGUGAGACCUCAUUUACCCGGACUCGAAAGUUUCCUUAUAAAUAUUACCACCCCCAGGAGCAGGCUACAGAAGUACAUUAUCCCAAUCACGGAUACGGAUAUGCCAUAGCUCCACAACAGAAACAAAUUUCACCUUGGAACAAGAUUAUUCAUCUGAUCGGUGCCUUUUUACCUCUUGGGCUUCUUAUUGCUGCACUUAAACCACCCAAUGUCGUUAAGAUUGAUGGCAAUACUUCGCAGCCAAAUAUUGUAUUAUCGAAAUUGAGGGCCAUUCAUCUUCCACUUGAGCAUAAAACAUCGCUAGAAAGUUUCGAUGAAGAAGAGGAUUACAAAGAAAAUAAUAAUAAAUUUGCCGAUUAUGAUUACAAUAAAACAUGCGAGGAUAAAUCAAUAUGCGAAAUUAUAUUACGUGGAGCUGAUAAAAGUACUGAUUUACUCAGUCAACUGAAGAAGCAAAAAGUAAUGAGUUGGAAGAAAUAG